AAGAACGAGUAUUUUUCUCCCCACUUGAAGGAGUUUUCAAGACGACUCCUACAGCUUUGAUCAGGUCUGAUGGUACUCUUGGUUAUUCCAAUCAGCAGAAUAGCAGCAGAGGGCGGAAGCCCGCUCUUCCUGUUAAGCCUUCUGAAAAGAAUAGCCAUAAUAGAUUCAAGCCUUACACACUGAAGGAGAAUAACCCUAGUUUGAAAUAAGUACCUCAAUAGGAAAUCCAAGUGUAAGAAGGCUAAUUUUGAGAAUACUAAGCAAUUCUUGAAAGGCCUGAGCCAACCUUGCCAGGAGUAUUAUAGGAAGUAUAUGAAAAAGACUAAGAGCUUAAGCAAGUGUAUUCACAUUUAUGCAUUUAGACUCCCUUAGAAAUAGAAAGCCAGCUAAGGAUAAGACCGUUGGCAGACCUAGAAUUGUUCAGAAGGGUGCUGUAAGAUUACUAACCAAGAGUAAAAGUCCUCCAUCAGGUUUUGAGAGGAAAGUUUAUACCCCAAAUCUGCUUGUGACUGCAAAAUCUAGCAGGUUAAGGAGCGGAGAUCAGAGAAUUCAGUCACUAAGUAAAUCCUCCUCAAACAAGGAAUACCAAAAAUCUACCUCUGGCAAGAGUGGGAAGCAGAAAUCUCAAAUUCGCAGCCAAUACAUAUACCACUGUCAGGGAAGGUCAACUACUAUCGAUGAAAAUGAUGAACAAAUUGAGAGCUUGAGACAGUUCAAUCUCUGCUUCCAUGAAGUAGUAAAGAAGAACGAUACGACUAAUUGUGGGAUCCUUAACUACAAAUAAAGCAGUUUCUGUUCUUACUGAUCUGGGAUUCAUGAGACUCUCCUACGAAAAGGAAAUCCUCACUAGAGAGAGGCAGCUCCUUUUUGAUAUCUGGCGGAUCUGUAAGGGAAACCAAAAUAAUGGCAUAAAUAUUCGAAACUUUAAACUCUUCUUACUGGCUAUUAUGAAAUUCAAUUUCUCAUGGAUGAAGACAGCUUUUUAUAAUAAUCAAGAAAUUUCUCUCUCAUUAAAUAAUGGGAAUGGGAUCAGAUCUGAGUUAAAGAAUCUCUCAGAAUGUCAGAACAACCAGACUUUGGAUAAUCUGUCUUCAAUCAAGCAAGAUUUCUCACCAGCUUUGCUUAAUCUGAAGGUUGGUGAUGAGAGUUUAAAUCGCCCGUUGACUCCAUGAUUUCAGCUUCCUAAGAAAAACUGAAAUCCAUCGUUACAGAAAUUCCUUAACCCUGGAGCUACGACGUCAGAGAUCUUAUAUCAGGGAAAGAGACAGCUGACUCUAGAUAUGUUCACCAUCGAGAGUGAACAGUUUAGGAGUCAGACUCCCAAGAAUGACUCUGUAUAUAAAUCAGUACUUGGCACAGAGAUUCUAGGCCAGAUCGGUACCUUCGACCAAGCUGGAGAUUUUUAUUUCAAAAAUGAUUUCGAGCUCCAAAAAGUCCAAAAUUACUUCCAGUUGUUUUAUGUUAACAGAGUGAAUUUCUGAAGGAGCACAAAGCAUAUUAAGCUAUCUGCAGGUAGGAAGUCCUCUGCAAAAAGGGCUGAAGAGAACCCAAGGACUGGAGGAGGGUAUAUAAGCUAUCAUAAGUAUCUAUCUAAUAGCUCUAAGCAUAAAUGAACUACCAGAAAGCCUUCAUACAAGUACUUGGGUGAAGAGAGUGCCGAAAGCUGAGAGGCUCUUCCCUCCACAACUGAGUUUACGAGGAAUAGAAAUUACCAGAACUAUCUUAACAGCGGGUUUAAAUUCUGAGCAUAAUUUUAUCAUUUUUCA